AUGUGCCACAAAGUCGAUAAUAGUGUUCAGAUUUUCGGAUGUAUCAAGGCUGUGGUAAGCUUUUCUGAGCCUCCCUUUAAAAAUCUUCUCUUUUUCUAGAAAGCACUUAUUGCUAUCGCUAUAGCUUGGGCUAUUCUCGGAAUUAUUAUCGCCGUUGUCUGUAUUUUGGCUGCCAAUAAAGCCAGUGACGAAAUUCUUGCAAAAGCGGAGAAGGAAACAAAUCCAAAGAAUAAGGAAGAUCUUGAAAAAACGGCUGAAUUUGCAAAAAAAUUAGGAAUUUCUCUCGGUUCCACCAUUGCCUCAAUUCCAUUUUCAAAUGCAAUUUGCCUGGGUAUCCUGAUUUGUGCCGAAUGCGCAUUUCUUUAUAUUAUCGUUGGACUUAUUGGUAUCCUCUCACUUCUCGGAAAUAUUGGUUAUUUGAUCAAGGUUUGCACCGAUGCUGGUGAGCAGGGAAAAGAGACUGGCGACGCUGUUGGCGAUAAUUUGGGAAUGUUGAUUGGAGCUGUCAUUGGUGUAUUUCUCACUUUCACCACCGUUUAUGCGAUGUUUGCGUUGGCGUGUUGUGGAGAAAAACGAUCAGCUGGAAGUGGUGAGGAUGAAUAUGAAAUUGAUGAGGAGGAAACUAUUGUUACUACUACUGCUACUACUACUUGUAUGGAAUGA